AUGUACUCAGAUCUAGAGUCCAAUGAGGAGAGGCUGCGUGAUGCGUUUGAGGAGAUUCUUCAAACAUACCUUACGACUGCUUUGGAGAAGUUCCCUGACAAUGAGGACCUCCUUGUGUGCUUGUUUUUCGUUCAUGUACGUAAAUGCGAUUUCAGUGCUCAACAAGCAAUCGCUCGCAAGCUGCACCAACAUAAUCCUAAGGACCGAGGAUUCCGAUUUUGGAUGGCCCUAAGUACAGUGCUGCAGGGUGAAAAGGAUGCAGUUUUGGCCAAGCGCAUGUUUCUUCCACUAGCUGAACGCAUUUUAGAGAAGGCUUUGAGUGAGGGAUACUUUCGUUCACAUAAGGACCUUACUUUUUACAUCUCAAUACUUAAAAGAACGGGCAAAUAUUCCAAGGCCCUGGAUCUCUUAGCCGACAGAAGUUUUAUGGGUAGCAUUUCUAAAUGGGUUGACUUAUUUCUUCUAGAAAAAAUUAACGAGCAAGAUUAUCAGCAUGACUAUUCAGAUUACCUUCUGGAACUGAACGCUGAACUUGGGAAUUGGUCUGAAAUGUUGCGAAUUGCGACGGGUAUGUUGGAAAAGGAUUCCGACAAUUGGUCUGCCUGGAGAACAUUAUUGUUACACGGAUUUCGCGAUGAAGAAAGGACGAACGUUUUGCUUUCACUAAUAGACCGGUUUGUAAAGCAAUCGCCAAAUUGUCGUGGUCCCUAUCUUGCCUUGAUCGAUUUUUCCGCAAAUCUCAUCAAACGUGGAAUUCAGCAUCCUAAUGCGGAGGAGUCUUUUUGCGUUAACCUCGCAAAUGAAUAUUUUGCUAAGCAUGGUCGGAAACCGAUAGGCUCCUUGGAUUUGUCCUACGUUUUACCACUUCUAAUCAAAUCCGAAGAAAGCCGUCUCAGUGUAAGGUUCCUCUUUUACCGAUAUCCAUCUUGUUCCUUCAUAGGGUCCCUUUUAGAAGGAAUUCGCGACAAAUAUAUAUCGUCACCCCUUAAUGAUGACGAACGUGUUCACUGUGAAGUGUGUGCUUAUCGUCUGGCACGAACCAACGGUUUGCCUCUCAACCUAACGGACCUUAUCUCGGCCUACCAAAUGCAUACCAAAAAAACUCAGACACCAAGGCGAAGUGAUUCUAAGGAGAUAGCACCUGCUGACAAUCUUCUUCAGCUUGCAAUUUCCGAGCUGCUGGAUCCUGUGGGUGGGCCAUGCCGUUGCGAAAGUUCUCUUGGAAGACUUCUACUUGCUGUCUAUUGGCUAGCAGAAAUAGGGCUGAAUUAUUCUCCAUCGAACCACUUUAUGCGCCUUCAAUUGUCUUCUAUCCUUUCACCAGGUGGUGGCCUUGCUUGUACAGGUCGCCAGUUAAAGGAGCUGACGCUUCUUAAUUUGAAGGAGGCCCUCAAUAUUUCCAUUGGCUACGCUGCAAUGGCUCCUGGGCCUAUCUUGACUAUCUUCGGCAACCAACAUCCAUCUACUGCCCUUCCGGAUCAAUUGAAUGUGAAUUUACUCAAAUUUUACCAGACUAUGGUCACUAAGAUUCGGUCCAUUCAGCGUGAAACAGAGAAUUGGCUCGUGUGUGCUUACCGACGUCAGGCUUUCAGUCGUAUCCAUGAGUAUACCCAAUUCCUUCAUAAAUUGGGGCAUUCGGGCUCACUGCUACUUGCUCAAACUGAACUCAUCUAUCACAAGGUUCUUGUCACCCCUGAUAGCUUCGAUGACGCACUCGAGCAAGUGGGCAACUUCAACAGUGAAGUGGCAUCUGUGAAGGAAGCACUUCUCAAUGCCUGCGAUAAUCGGGACUUCUCUGUUGUUCCAGAAUUCUCUCAUCGAAAGCCAGAUCUUGAAAACCGAAAGCGAAGUUUUGAUCAUUUGGCAAGUGCAAUUUUGAAUUUAAACCCAGAUCAACAGCUUUGUGCUUGGCUGUACCUUCGGUUGGGUUUAAUCAAUCUUUUCGGAGUCUGUUCGAAGUUAGUCAUGAAAGCGGUUCCAUGCAUCGACCAAAUCGGUACUGGUGAACUCAGCGAGGACUCGCGAAAAGAUCUAAAGGAUCUAGUGCAGAUGAUCGAGGAUCAAACGAAUAAUUUAAUGUCGCGAAUGAAGGUCAUGGAAGUUGUCACUGCAUUCGAUUGCACCAAAUUUGAGUAUACUAAUCUUCUUCUUACACCAGAGGCAAUUUUAAUAUCACCUCCUCCUCUGCCUAAAACGAACAUGACAUCUUUCUACGUACACGGCCCCUUCACGCAAACCCUAAUAGCUGGAAUUGAUCUACUCAAGUAUUUAACGGGACUUUUGGACAGUACCUCAGAUGAACCGCUAGAUAUGGAAAAGUGUGCAUUCUCGCGGCGCUUCAGCGAACCACUUUUGCAAUUCAUUGGUGAAUCUUCCGGUAUCCCUUCUCUUCCUCCACCUCCUAAAACUGACUCCUCUCUUGUUGGGCUUCUGAAUCCGAGUUCUGUUCUCGUUGGCUUUGGAGUCGCUAUGGAGACUCUUUCGAUUGCCAUUCUAUUUGUUACGGCAGCUGUUGCUCUGUUGCGACCUCGAAGGUCGAAGAAGAACAAGAAGAAGCAGCAACUCAAGGCGGGCAUAGAAACGGUUGCUGCUUCACCAUCAGCAAUUCAACUUGACCAAGUGGCUGGGUUGAUUCACUCCGUGGUCAUUCCGCAACUUCGGCAUGUGGCUAAUAGUUUGCAGAAAUUGGCAGCUGAUUGGGCUACGUGGAUCACCAACAUGGCACCUAGAGCGUUCGCUGCCACGGCCACGAAAGCUGCUCAAACUGUUCUACCGAAAAUACCUGAGGAAGACAAGGUCUUUGAUGUUGGCACAAUGCGCCUGCUGUGGAGCUAUUCUUAUAUACUUUUUUCAUUUCUGCAGUUUUACCCAUGGUACCCCAAAAGUGAAGAGACGUGUCCAUCGAUCUACAUAGAAAUGGCAGAUGAUUUGGCCUGUGGCUUUAAACAACUCUUUGAGAGGUGUGAACGUAAGGUAUCAGUGCUCGAUGGUGCCCUUAAUGAAGUUGGCUGUUUCACAACCACGUUUGAAGACUAA